AUGGUGGUUUCUCUAAGUUCAAGUCUAAAUGUUGCUAAGCCGGGUCCUUAUAGUGCACUAACUAGUCACUCCAACAGGCCUCCAAAGUUCAUCGCCAUUUCGUGCAAGGCUAGUGAAAAUGAGACGACUAAUUUCUACAAAGUACUCUCUCUAAGCUCUAACAAUGCCGGAAUUGAUGAGAUAAAAAGAGCUUAUCGAACCAUGGCUCUCAAAUAUCAUCCUGACGUCUGCCAUCCUUCAGAGAAGGAAGAGUCCGCGAGGAUAUUUGUUGAAUUGCAUGAGGCUUACAAGACCCUAUUGGAUGCUGUGUCGCGCGAAGAGCACGAUCAUGAACUUAGUAUGGGAGAUUUUGCAGGAACCUAUAAGAUCGAUGUUGGCGGUGAUCAACUUGAAAGGAAGAGAUGGAAAGGCCAAAUUGUUGAGUUGAGAAGAAGGUCUGGUUACCGUGCAACACAACAACAGGAGGGAUCAUGGGGUAGUAGAAUGAGAGCUCAGAAUAGGGAAAAUGGAGACUAA